CAGUUUCCCCACCCAAUACUCCAGAAUGUCUUUGGCCAACCUCGCUCGGGUCGCCCGAGACACGGAACUGAUUCAGAGCUACCUCCGCGUGGCCGACGAACCGGAGCAGCAACCUCCUCCGGAGCCCAAGCAGAGGAAGGAUUCGGUUGCUACCAGGCCCAAGGAGUAUCAGUCGAGGUACGAGCACGGGAAGCAGGCAUGGUCCCUGACGAAGGAGCUCAAGCUGAAGAAACGCCCGCGACGGAGGAAACAAGAGGAGCUCUACACGGACAAGGAUCGGGCAGCCGCGGUCAACAUGGGUUCAAGGUCAGCCCCAGAUAUCAAGCAGUCCCUAAAGAUGAAGAAGAAGGAAGAACGAAGCAAGGCUCUGCAGAUCCCUGAAGAGACGAAACCGGGAAAUCUGUUGGCGCAGGCUGGGUUCGAAGUUCGGGCCCGCCGAUACGAUCUAGCUUUCGCUUUAUUACAAAAAGCAGAAUCUCUCUACCACUUGGGCAAAUUCGAAGAGGCUCUUGUAUAUUUUCACAGAGGUUUGAAACUGCGUCCUGAUAUGUCAGGAUUCAGACUUGGCGUUGCCAAAGCUACGGAGGCCAUUAAGAAUAUAAUUGGAAGUAACAGUCGUGCAUUCGAAGGAACCCCCGAGAGCCUUGGAAAGCUGCUGAAAGGUUUGAAUACCGUCGACGAUGUCGUGAAAGCAGCGGAAGCUAAGAAAGUAAAGCCCAAAAGUAAUAUUCUCGGUCAUCUUCAAGAAGAUAAAGAGUACCUUGAAAGGGUUCUGAAGGAAAAAUCAGAUAUUAUCAACCUUAAAGAAGGUUUCGCCUUGAACGAGAUGGAGCUGUACGCCCGAGAGGUGCUGGACUACCUUGGCAACCGAGGUGAGUUCUGGAGGCAGCAGAAACCGAAGGGAAUGGGAUAGCCAGCAGCCACUGGGAGGCCGAGGAAGCUGCUGCAGAAAUGUAGGCCGAAGUCAGUCCCGAGGACAACCAAACCGGGCUGUCUCGCCUGCGAGUCCGCCAGUUCUCAGAGAAGGUCUUCCGAUUGGGAAUAAUGUGCUGUUGGGGAAGGUUAUAGUGGUAAAAACAGUAGGUUAGAUCUCUUGAAGACCUACAGACUGAGGAAAUUCAUAACUAUAACCUUCAGCAAUGUCCUUAUGAUAAACAAUAAUCAUCAACGAAAAUAAUGUUACCAUCAAACUAUAACAAAGAGCUCAUUUUAAUAUUGAAUAAAUUUAAAAUAAAAUGUUUGACAUAUAUUAAUGAUAUAUUAUUUAUCUGUACUCUUGAAAAUUUCCGUACAGCUCUACUCGUACAACCCACUUAAUUAUCCCAUAUGAUUAAGUGUUGAACGUUAACAAUAUUAAUGGUUAAUUUGUUUGUGUAACAAGUUAGAUUUGUAUUGAUAUUUUAUUGUUUUUUGUAUUUUAUUGAGUAAUAAAUGGUUGAACGUAGUAUAAUAUUGGCAGUCAUAAAAAAAUCUUAAAAUAGUGAACAACUGUAAUAAAAUAAUUAUUCACUGCUUUAAGUUGUUCUUUCUUUUCUGUUUAUGAAGUAUCGUGAUUAGUGAUGAAGUAUCGUUAUUUAAAUUUCUUCAGAGGGAAGAAGAAAUAUUCACAACCACCCCUAUUUGAACAUUUUAUACCCCCGUUUUUCGUAUGUUUAAUGUUUUUCACAAUAUUAUGUUUUCUAAUUUUAUAUUUUUUACAAAUUGUAUCUAUAAAAUACUAGAUGACCCUUACGAAUAAUUCGCAUAGUAUAUUGGUGAACAAAGUGCAACAUAAUAAUAGAUAAGUUAGUGCAAUGUAAUAUGAAAUAGAUGAAAUAAUAUUCUUGUUCUCAGUGGAACCACAUUGUUCCAUUCUUGAUAAUAAACAAAAACCGUUGUACAUGCAAUGUUACAACAAACAUUGUACUAUAAGCUGUAUUUUUACUACAAAGUGUCAGAUUUUUAUUUUUUGUUUUGUUUUGAAUAUUAUUGAUUUUUGUAUUGAUAUGAAGACUAAGAAUUCGAUCUAGGAAACUACUGUAUUAUGCUCAUCCUCACUCAUAUAUAUAUACAUAUAUAU